AUGAAACUAGUAGGUCUUAAAGAUCAUUUAGAUAUCUGUAUCCGUGCCGUCACGAUCUUCAAGAGUGAGGUACUCCUCGCUGGAGUAUUGUCACCCCUGUCUGGUCCUCGAGCUCUAGUAAAAAUGAUGCUAAGUUGUGGUGUGAGUCGACUCAUAGUUCGUCACCUGAGAACAGGUGUUGCCAGCACUGCUCAAGUCCCCAAGUGUAUUGUUGGUAUCCAGUCAUUUUCAUACUGCUCAACAAAUACUGGUUUUACUCAUAAAGUUGCAGUACUCAUGUUCAUUGUUCGUAAUGAAGUGUUGAACAGAGCCAUGCAGCAGCAACAAGUUGAUAUGUAUGAGAAACUGCCAGUUCCUUUUGGCUUGGUUCGCGAUGGAGUUGCACCAGAUCACCCAGAAGUGAAGAACUGCAUUAAUACCUUCACCCAGACUGCUGCUAAAGACAGAUUUACAUUUUGGGCAAUGUUGACAUUGGAAGUGAAUAUUAUCAGCCAGUUGAGAGAAGCUUAUCAUGCUGUUGUUCUGGUAGGUAUGAAAUGUGCAGAAUUAUCUUUUAGGCAUAUGGCGGCACAAGACCGAGCAUUAAACAUCCCAGGAGAGUCUUUGCCCAAUGUAUUAUCUGCCCGAGAAUUUGGAAACAGACAUCCCAGAGAACAUACUGAGAGAUUAAAUGGCAGCCGAGUGAGACAUGUGACAUUGGUUGGUCGCAGGGGUCCAGAACAUGUUGCCUUCACCAUCAAGGAAUUGAGAGAAAUGGUCAACUUGGAGGAUCAGGGCCAGACCUGA